AUGUUCAGAGCCCCUGAGCCGCCCUGCUCACGUCUGCGUCUUUCUGUUUCAGCGCUGAGAGGUCCAACUGUGUUCCAUGAGCAAAGAAAGCAUUCGGACAGUGACCAGACAGAAGACGCCCUGCAGCGCAAGGUCAGAAGCAGGCCCGACCGCGCCCACUCGGCUACUAUGCACAUACUCCAGGCCUCCACGGCAGAGAGGUCUCUUCCCGCUGCUCAGAUGAAGCUGAAAAGAGCCCGACUUGCAGAUGAUCUCAACGAAAAAAUUGCUCUCCGGCCGGGGCCGCUGGAGCUGGUGGAGAAGAACAUACUCCCUGUGGAUUCUACUGUGAAAGAGGCCAUCAAAGGGAACCAGGUGAACUUCUCCAAAUCUGCAGAUGCCUUUGCCUUCGACGAGGACAGCAGCAGCGACGGGCUUUCUCCAGAUCACACUCGAAGCGAAGACCCCCAGGGCCCAGCGACGUCCCCCCGAGAUACCAAAGCUACGGAGAUCCCUUUGGCAGGUCCUCCGGGGACAAUCCAGGAUCUAACUUCUGGCUCCGAAAAUGACAGGAAUGACUCGGUCUCACAGCCCAGCAACCAGUCAGACACAGGGAAGCAGGGGCUCGGCACCCUCAGCACCACCAACCCCGGGCACACUGCUGUGAAGUCCAAGUCCUUGAGUGACAGUAAGAACCGCCACAAGAAGCCCAAGGACCCCAAGCCAAAGGUGAAGAAGCUCAAGUACCACCAGUACAUCCCCCCGGACCAGAAGGCGGAGAAGUCACCGCCACCCAUGGACUCGGCCUAUGCGCGGCUGUUACAGCAGCAGCAGCUGUUCCUGCAGCUGCAGAUCCUCAGCCAGCAGCAGCAGCAGCGCUUCGGCUACACCAGCAUCCACCCCGCUCAGCUCAAGGAACCAAACGAGCAGAUGGUCAGAAAUCCAAACUCUUCUUCAACACCACUGAGCAGUACCCCUUUGUCUCCUGUCAAAAACAGCUUUUCUGGACAAACCGGUGUCUCUUCUCUCAAGCCAGGCCCACUUCCAUCAAACCUGGAUGAUCUGAAGGUGUCCGAGUUAAGACAGCAGCUUCGGCUCCGAGGCCUGCCCGUGUCAGGCACCAAGACGGCGCUCAUGGACCGGCUGCGGCCCUUCCAGGACUGCGCGGGGAGCCCCGUGCCCAGCUUCGGGGACAUCACCACCGUCACCUUUCCCGUCACGCCCACGGGCGCCCUGCCCCAUUACCAGUCCUCCGACAAGAUGCUGGUGGAGAAGCAGAAGGUGAUCAACGAGCUCACCUGGAAGCUGCAGCAGGAGCAGCGGCACGUGGAGGAGCUGCGGCUGCAGCUGCAGAAGCAGAAGCGGAGCAAGGGCGCCGCCGAGCAGGAGCCGCCGCCCUUCCUGGGGGCGCCCAUCAAGCAGGAGGACACGGCCUCACAGUGCUCGCCGCAGCACUCGCCGCUCGGGGCCGUGAAAAGCCCGCAGCACAUCAGCUUGCCCCCAUCGCCGAACAACCAUUACUUCCUACCUUCGUCCGCAGCUGCUCAGGGAGAAGGGCACGGGGCCUCCUCACCUGCCAGCACCCAGGUGUGUACUGCACAGAACUCAGGGGCACACGAGGGCCAUCCUGCAAGCUUCUCCCCCCAGCCUUCUGGCCUCCACCCCCCUUUCUCUGGAGCCCAGGCAGACAGCAGUCAUGGUGCUAUGGGCAAUCCUUGUCCCCAAAGCCCAGGUGUACAGCAAAAGAUGGCUGGUUUGCAGUCUUCUGAGAAAGCAGGACCAAAGUUUUCAAUUCCAUCCCCAACAUUUCCUAAGUCAACUUCAACAGUUGCAGAGAUAACACAGCCUCCAUCCUAUGAAGAUGCAGUAAAGCAGCAAAUGACUCGCAGUCAGCAGAUGGACGAACUCCUGGAUGUCCUCAUUGAAAGUGGAGAAAUGCCAGCUGAUGCCAGAGAGGAUCAUUCAUGUCUUCAAAAGGUCCCAAAGAUGCCUAGGUCUUCCCGAAGCCCCACUGCUGCCCUCCCCAAGCCGUCUGCUCCCUUUGAACAAGCGUCUUCAGGAGGCCAGCUCUCAUUUGAUCACUACGGCACAGACAGUGAUGAGCACCUUGAAGUCUUAUUAAAUUCCCACAGCCCCUUGGGAAAGGUGAGCGAUGUUGCCCUUCUAAAAAUUGGGAGUGAGGAGCCCUCUUUCGAUGGCAUAAUGGAUGGGUUCUCUGGGAAGGCUGCAGAAGACCUCUUCAAUGCGCACGAGAUCUUGCCAGGCCCCCUCUCCCCGAUACACACUCAGUUUUCACCUUCUUCUGUGGACAGCAGUGGGCUGCAGUUAAGCUUCACUGAAUCUCCCUGGGAAACCAUGGAGUGGUUGGACCUCACUCCCCCAAGUUCCACACCAACCUUCAGCUCCCUCAGCACCAGCGGGCCUAGCAUCUUCAACAUCGAUUUUCUGGAUGUCACAGAUCUGAAUUUGAAUUCCCCCAUGGACCUGCACUUACAGCAGUGGUAGAAUGCCUGAUGGAAAAAUGCUAAGGAAGGCCAAUAGGAAUUCUACAACCACAGAUACUUGUAUUGUAUUACCCAAAAGGAGGAGCAGGAGGAGGGGGAGGCAGAGGAGGAAGAAAUUUAAAAGAAGCAGUGAAGAUUUCUAUGACUAUCAACAGCACAAAUAGGAGUCCUUUA